ACCUCUGGACUCACACGUCCCUGGAGAUCCCAGACCGUCCUGUUGUCCGAGUCAAGAGCCCGCAAAAGAGAAGAUAGAUCUUCACCGAGACAGAUGAGAUAGAUUUAUUUGUUUUAUUUUUUUUACAUUCACAGACUUCACAGAAACAGUCUAUCUGAAUAAGACAAGAGGGAAAUAGAAGAGAUCAGUUACUUAUUUACUGAACACCUAAGGCAGGUAUACCGCAGACAGCUCCGUCCAGAAGAAAAAAAGACUGCAAACUCGAACCCAGCAGGUGCACAAGAGAAUUUCCCGACUGAGACAUCAAGAUGCUACUGCUGCACACUUCUGUUCUGCUCCUGGUGGCUUGUGGGAUGUGGAACUCCGCCACAGGUCAGGUGGCGGUCGACUGUUGUCUGAGUGCCAAUGCCAAAGCGUUUCCUCUCAAAAAUGUGGCAUCCUACAAACAUCAGACCACGGCUGAGGGAUGCAGCAUUGACGCCACCUUGAUCAUAACAAAGAAGGGCAAAAUACUGUGUGCCCCACCCAAGUCUAAAGCCCCGAGGUGGCUGCGUAGAAUCUUCAAGGCUAUUGACAACCAGACCAAUGGAAAACAAGAAGGGCCAAGACCGCCAAAAAAAGGUAGACACUCCAAGAGGAAGGGAGGGAAGAACUCCAGGAGGUCGGGUUGAGAUCCUCAGUUCAUCAGACACUCAACAGAGACUUGCUGUGGCUGCACCUGAGACAUGAGACAUGAGACACGAGACGUGUGUGUGCGUGUGCGUGUGUGUGUGUUUGUGUGUGUGUGCGCGUGCGUGCGUGCGUGUGUGAGUAAAAUACAACAGCGGGUAUUGGUAUAUUGUGGUCUUGUGCCUAACGGGUACCAAUUAUACCUACUGCUAUUUGCGCUGGUCUGGUGCCAAUUGCCAGUGCAGCAACCGUGGCACUCAAUCGAUGAAGCAGACCAUUCUGAGACUGAGACUUCUGAAACAAACCAGCCAAAAAGCUGUGGUGAUCCUUCACUUCACUGUAAACGAACUGCUUUUGUUAAACACUUUGGGGUUUCUUUUGCCUUAAGACAUGUAAAAGUUUUUAUCUUUUACCUGACAUGUUUCGAC